CGUCCCAGCAGGAAAUAUGGCGGCGCUCAUGACUUUAAGUCAGUUAUCGAGCGGAAACCCGGUAUAUGACAACUAUUUCCGACAGGUUGACCGUGGAAACACAGGACAAAUAUCAGCUGGGGAUGCAGCUCAAUUCCUUAAGAAGUCGGGGCUGUCCGACAGUACACUUGGAAAGAUUUGGGAUUUGGCUGAUUCGGAACGAAAAGGCUAUUUGGACAAGAGGGGUUUCUUCAUAGCUCUCAGGCUUGUGGCUUCGGCACAGGGCGGCAACGACAUUAGCCUCAACAACCUCAACCAAACGCUAGCUCCUCCCAAGUUUAAGGACACUGGUAGUCCAUUAGCGAGCCUAUCCCCAGUACCAACAACACAAACAGACUCGCAGUGGGCAAUACGGCCUGACGAAAAAGGGAAAUUUGAUGGUAUCUUUGAAAGUCUGUUGCCAGUCAACGGCCUCCUACCAGGGGAUAAGGUCAAACCCGUGCUCAUAAACUCCAAGCUACCUCUGGAAGUGUUGGGAAAGAUUUGGGAAAUUAGUGAUGUCGACCAGGAUGGGCAGCUGGACAAAGAGGAGUUUUCUGUGGCCAUGCAUCUGGUCUACCGAGCCAUGGAGCAGGAGCCCGUCCCGGCCACCUUGCCCUCCAACCUCAUCCCGCCGUCCAAGAGGAGGAAGUCUGGCAUGAAGUUGGCGGGCGCCGUGGCCGUGCUGCCCGGUCUGUUCGGGAUGUCCCUCUCCUCGGCUCCGUCGCCCCUGAAGGAGACCCUGCGGCCCACCCCCUCCCUGAGUGCCGUCGCUUCCCUGGGAACGCCCACCAGCGGCCUCUCGCCUAAGCACUCCUUCAAGUCCAGUCCACAGCAGACCUCCUCCGUGAACUGGGUGGUCCCGCUGGCAACAGGGGGCGCUACGACGAACCUCGUCCUCAAAACGGACACAGACAUGGACCGGCACUGGUCACUGGUACGGAGGUCAUAG